AUGCCGAGCAACACGAAAAAGACUGAAGAAAAACAGCCUGAUCUCCUGCUUCCCGAUCAGAUGAUCAAAGGCAAAUGGAAAAUUAUCAAGAAGAUUGGUGGCGGCGGCUUUGGCGAGAUCUACGAGUCGCUUUUCGUUGAAACAGGAGAAAAAGUCGCGAUCAAACUUGAAUCAGCAGAACAAUCAAAGCAGGUCCUGAAGAUGGAAGUAGCGGUGUUGAAAGCUCUCCAAAACAAGUCAAGACAUGUGUGCAAGUUUUUCGGCUGCGGAAGAGAGAUCAGGUUCAAUUACAUCGUCAUGACCUUGGUCGGCAAAUCGUUGGCGGAACUUAGAAGAGCACAACCAAAAGGAACCUUUUCUUUAUCCACCACUCUGCGCCUUGGUCAGCAACUUCUGCAAGCAAUCAGAGACAUCCACGACGUCGGCUUUCUACAUCGCGAUGUGAAACCAUCAAACUUCGCUAUCAUCGGUAGAAGAGUUUAUAUGCUCGACUACGGUCUCGCCCGACAAUACAUCGAUUCUUCCGGAAACGUUCGUCAGCCUCGUUCUAUCGCUGGUUUUCGCGGAACUGUCCGCUACACAUCGGUAAACGCGCACAACAACAGCGAACUGGGCCGACAUGACGAUUUAUGGUCCCUGUUCUACAUGCUUGUCGAAAUGCUCAUCGGCCAACUUCCUUGGCGAAAAAUCAAGGACAAGGACCAAGUCGGCCAGAUCAAAAGAACCUUCAGCCACGAAGAACUGUUAAGGCACGAAAACGUUCCUGAUGAAUUUCAACCCUUUUUGAAGCACAUUCAAAAUCUCAAAUAUGAAGUCAAGCCUGACUAUGAUUAUCUCUUUUCGCUUCUCGACAAUGCUAUUGAAAGAAAUGGUAUUGAAGAAACGGAGCCGUUUGAUUGGGAACAAGGCGAAGGUCCGACGGUUUCUGUGAUAAACGAAAGAGACGAAGAACCAAGCGUCGUAGCAGUCCGGGAAGAAAAACAACGAGAUGAUGGGAAAAAAGAAUCAAGAAAAAAGAGCAACAGCAAAAGCGCUGAUAAAAAGGAGCGUCAUAAAAAUCGUCACCGGCCGAGAAAAAGUCGAGAUCGACGACAUCCAGGGUCCCGAACUCUGCUUGAACCGAUUGAUCGACUUUCUGCUCUCAAAAUCAGUGAGACCCCGAGAGAAGAGAGGGGCGAUGGUGACCAUCAGAACGACCGACGGUUGCCUCGCAGAAGUUCUGUCGACCGCCAGUCUGCUUUUCGAGCAUAUUCUAGCGCCGAUUCGAAGCGAACUUUCGAGCCAAAACCGCCGAUUUCCAAAAAGCCAACUCGUCGAAUUUCCGAUCCAAGAUUCGUUCAAUCAUAA